UCUUCUUGCUGGGAAAGGUAGACUAAAGUAACUUGUGUGUAUCCUAAGAGAUACAAACAGUCUGUAACCAUUACAAUGUGAGACUAACUAGUAGAUUUCCUUUUUUGCAGAGCAGUAGGAUUUGGCGCUCGAAGCAGUGAUUUGAAGCCAUGGAUGAUUGCCCUUUUCCUUGUGUUAUCACUGAUGGUGGUGGCAGUGACCAUUGGUCUUCUGGUUCACUUCUUAGCCUUUGACCAGAAAAUGGAGUAUUAUCAUAGCACUUUUAAAAUUUCACAUCGACGUGAAAGUAGCAAUUCUGGACAAAACAACACAUACCAAUUUAAGGACUUACGGGAGAUGAGUGAGAAUUUGGUAGAUGAGAUAUUUAUAGAUUCGGCCUUGAGAAAGCAUUAUAUCAAGAACCAAGUGGUCACACUGAUUCCAGUGGAAGAUGUUGUGAAAGUAGAUGUCAUUAUAGUGUUCCAGUUCCCCUCAAUGGAACAAAGAACAAUGAGAGAGAAGAAAAUCCACAGCAUCUUAAAUCAGAAGAUAAGGAACACAAGAACUCUGCCAAUAAAUAUCUCCUCAGUUCAGUUUAACGGUUGUGGUAAACGAGUUGUUCCAUUAAUUGUCAACAGAAUAAUGUCCGGUGACAUUGCAGCCAAGUCUGCCUGGCCUUGGCAAGCUUCCCUUCAGCAUAACAACGUACAUCAGUGUGGAGCCAGCUUGAUUAGUGAUACGUGGCUCAUUACUGCAGCACACUGCUUUAAGAAUAAUGUAAAGCCACGUCAAUGGACUGUUAGCUUUGGAACAACAAUCAACCCUCCCUUAAUGAAAAGAAAUAUCAAAAGAAUCAUUGUCCAUGAGAGAUACCACUCCCCAGCAAAAGAAUAUGACAUUGCUGUUGUAGAGUUCUCUCCCAGAGUCACCUUGACUGAUGACGUACGCCCAAUUUGUUUGCCAGAAGCCUCUGCAUCCUUUCAACCAAAUUCAACUGUCUACGUCACAGGAUUUGGAGAACUUUUCUAUGGCGGGGGGCCCCAAAAUGAUCUCCGAGAAGCCAAAUUGAAAAUCAUAAGUGAUGCUGUGUGCAAGCAACCACAUGUGUACGGGAGUGACAUAAAAUUUGGAAUGUUUUGUGCUGGAUAUUUGGAAGGAAUUUAUGAUGCCUGCAGGGGUGAUUCUGGAGGACCUUUAGUUGCAAAGGAUCUUAAAGACACCUGGUAUCUCAUUGGAAUUGUGAGCUGGGGAGAUAACUGUGGACAAAAGAACAAACCUGGAGUCUACACAAAAGUGACUUAUUACCGAGAGUGGAUUGCUUCAAAAACGGGUCUCUAAUUCACCAUAUAAGUUAAAGAGAGUUGUAUGCAGGUCAUACACAUAUAAUAAUUCAAAUAUUUGGUGAAUAUAGUACAAUAAAGUAUACUACAAGAGAUUAAAUGAAUGGACCUAGCAACACUUGACACAUGACACGACUUAUUUUAAAAGUACUUUAAUCAACCAAUAACCUGUAGUCAAUGCACAGGGGAGCCCUGGUGACGCAGUCGUUAAGAGCUUGGCUGUUAACCAAACAGCCAGCAGUAUGGGGAGUUUUCAUUUGUAAAAUAGUUUAGACUGACUUGGCAAAUACAGUAGAGAUACUCCAUGCUUCAUAUCUUGAAAGCUGGAGUACAAAUGAGGAGUUUUACAUAUUUAUUAGGAUAACCAGUGAGAUUUUGAGUGUCUUUAUCAGGGGUGUUCCUUUAAGUGAGAAAUUUUUAAAAAUUAUUUUUGCAAAGAGUUCAGGAACCCCUUAUAAAAAUUCUUCUCAUUUCUCUAGAACUCUCAAAUACAUCUGUCCCUUAUUCUUCUAGAUGUUCCAAAGGGAUUUUUCCACCAUAAGAAAUAAAUAUGCUACUUCUAGACUCACUUAAGGGACACUCAUAAAAGACAGUUAUAUCUAGAAAACAUCAGUGAUAAAUCAAGCCAGAGAUCCUCUAACCUUUUUCAGUUAUGACACCUCUUUCAUUGUGUUUUUUUUUUUUUUGGUGAUUUUCAACAC